CAAGAAGGCGUGUGGGGCCAUUUUCAUUUGCGUAAUCAAUACGCAAAAGCUAAGAGGUCCUCCUUCCCCUUUAUUUUCAUCCACAAAUCUGUAGAUAAUGGUUCAAGGAUCCUUAUAAAACAGGCAUAUUGACAGAACCAUGUGUAGACUUUCAUCUAUCUUUCUGGAAUAGUCUAAAGCAACCCUCAUGGCCUCGACCUUGAGCGAAUCCUCGAGAAUAUCCACAAACCCUUCAAGGAUUGUGUUGAUAACUGGCGUGAGCAAAGGUUUGGGGAGAGCCUUAGCCUUGGAGUUAGCUAACCGUGGUCACACUAUAAUUGGCUGUUCACGUGACCAACCUAAACUUGAUUCCCUUCGUCAGCAACUUUCUUCCAAUAACCACUUGCUCUUCAAUGCUAACGUGAGAUCAAACAAUAACGUUAAAGAGCUAGCAAGAGCGGUUGUCCAAAACAAAUGCGUUCCCGAUAUCAUUGUGAAUAAUGCAGGUGUUGUUAAUAGAAUUGGGAAUGCAUGGGAGAUUGAUGUCGAAGAUUUUGAUAAUGUUAUAGAUACCAAUGUCAAAGGAAUAGCAAACGUUUUGCGCCAUUUCAUUCCUCUUAUGAUUCCAAACAAGCAUGGAAUAAUCAUCAACAUGUCUUCAAUCGCGGGAAGAACUGGAAUUACACAUAUUGCACCAUACUGUGCAUCUAAAUGGGCAGUUGAGGGGUUAAGCAAAUCUGUAGCAAAAGAAUUGCCAGAAGGAAUGGCAGUUGUGGCUUUAGAUCCAGGCACCAUAAACACAGACAUGCUCGUUUCAGCUACUGGCAGUUCAGCUUCAAAAUAUCUAACACCUGAACGAUGGGCUAUAAAAGCAGCGACAAUGAUUCUUGAUAUCACUGCAUCAGACAAUGGAGCAUCCCUCACAAUGAAGGAUCCAACCGAGUUGUACAAGCCAUAAUUUCUAUGCCCUUAGAUGAUAAUUAAUUUGGUAAGCAUUACGGAUGGAAUGUUUAGAUAUUAGUUAAAUAAGAGUGAUGAAUGUAUAAAUGUGUAGAAUGUAAAUUUACUAUGUGUAAUAUGAAAUGCUUAAAUAUAGACACAAAAUAUUAGUUAAAUUGAUGAGUUGUAAUUUGUGAGAUAUUGCAGUAGAAAUUGUAUUAUUAGGAUGUGUAGAUGUAUUUAGUUGUAUUUACGAU